AGAACCAAGCUCAUCCAUCUGAACUUAUGCAUUCCUGAAAAUAAGACUUAUUCCAUUAUUUACUCAUGCCGACUGAUUCGGAUGUGGAAAAAUUGAGGAAACAAGUUCGCAAAGCAUUUCAGAUGCGAGCACUCACAGUGAGCAAGGAGGCUAUGGAAUAUGCUGUCGAAAUUCUGAUAAAAUUGGAAGGUGAAGAGCGAAUUCGGUGGAUUAAUAAAGUCAUUAGUAUGUUAUCGAAACAGAAGGCUAGUGGGCCAGUCCUUUCGUUUAAUGAAUUCAGGUCGGCUGUUACCGAAUGUGUCAGCAAUCAUUCUUCAAAACAGGAAUCAUUAAUCCAUGUAAUUGAUUUGUUCACCGUUCCACGUUUGCGGUAUGAUGAACAACGUAAAGUGUUGGUCGUAGUAGAUGGUCAAGCAUCUGUCGUAGGACAAAGUGCUGAUGCGAGGAACUUAUACAGAGAGCGCUUGAAACUUGUCGUACAGGUUAGUGAAAAUUUUGUUGGUGAAAAUUCCUUAGCUAUUGUUCAGUUGCUAAGUUUUAUGUCAUUGAGGUCACUAUCUAUUAGUUCCGGCCUUUAUUCCGGACCCUUUCAAAUGUAA